AUGCAAUCAAUUGGACAAAUUGUGUUACGUGUUGUUAAGGUUAUUGCUUUUGCUUUAAACUUCAUCGAUAUACAGACGUAUACAUCCACAAUAUUCACUGUGAAAUCAACAUUAAUAACUGUCACAACAAAGCCAACGACCCAGACGUGGACAGUAACAUUGACAACAACAACUACAACUACAACGAGAACAACAACAUCAAUAACGACAACAACAGGAAUUACAUGUAUUUAUCCAUUUGUACAAACACCUACUGGAAAUUGUGUCAAUAUAUUAAUCGAUUUUAAUAAUUGUGGUAUAGUUGGUUAUGUUUGUUCAAUGAAUUAUACAAGUUGUUCUGCUGGUAAAUGUAGUGUUGCACCAAGUGUACAAUUAACUAAUGCAAUUCCAAUUUUUACAGCUGCUGUAAAUGGAUCCGUUGAUGAUAGAUUCUAUAAUGUAACUCUUCCCUUUAAUAUUACUCUUUAUAAUACAACAACAGAUUCUGUUCAAGUAACAACCAAUGGUGUUCUCUGUUUUGGUAAAUGUGACCGCAUAUGGUCUGAAACUGCUCUUCCUGCCCAAGAAUUCUCAGAUACAACAGUUUUUGCAUAUUGGGAUGAUCUCUAUGUUUUUGCUAACACAUCACAAGGUAUAUAUUAUGAAAUUCAAGGGGAUUCGUCAAACCGAACACUCAUCUUUGAAUAUUACUGCAGUCAUUAUCAACAAGAAACGGAAUAUUAUCAUUUUCAAGUAGUUUUCUUCGAAGAUAAGCCUGGGAUUGUUCAAUACAUUUACUAUGAUAUAAGUGAUGGAGGUAUUACCUGUACUGUUGGUGUACAAAGUUCAGGCAAUGGCCCAUUUAUUCAGUAUUCUUUUGAUCAAGCAGAUUCUGUAAUGCCAAAUAUGACUUUAAUCUUUGAUACAAAUACUGGAACAUAUACGAAACUCUAA